AUGUUGUUCAACAGUUCGCGAGUAACGCAGGACACUAUGAAGGAGCUUGAGAAGAUUGCGCCAAAGCAGAAGGGCAUUGUAUCGCAGUCGGUGAAAGAAAUAACUCAGCUGUUAGUUGACGAAGGCCUUGUUGAAUGCGAGAAAAUUGGUACUUUCCGCCGGAAGAAGUUGGAGGAAUUGGACGAAGCAAUUUCGAAUUCGAAGGCGAAACUCGCUGAGUUGAAAGAAAUUAUAAAAGAGGCAAGAAAGGGGAAGGAGGUAAGCGAUGAGAUUGGCUCUUUUGAUAAUGCUUCUAAAGAGAGAACAGAGCGAGAAAAACAGAUUGCGGAUUUGCAAAAGAAACAUGAGGAGUUAAAAGCGAAACUGGAAAAGCUUUGCGAGGAUGGCCCUGAAGCUCUUACACGAUUGCAAGCGGAUGUUGAUAAAGCUCGUGACGCGGCAAAUCGUUGGACAGACAAUAUAUUUGCGGCGAAGAAAUGGUGUAAACGUAAGUUUGGUGCUGAAGAUAAGAUGCUGGAUGCACAGUUCGGAAUACCGCCCGACUUUGAUUAUGUCGAGUGA